GCAGUGGACGACAGUGAUAAGUCUGAAAGAAGUAUCGGCCCAUCUCAAGGUCGUUUACGCGAUAUCAGCGGUAGAGUGUCUAGGAGGAUGAAAACAUUCGCCAGUAGACCUAUACGAGAUGUAGCAUUGAAGGGAUUCAUUGGUAAAGUGAAAGCCAAACAAGAUGCGGACAGAGCGAGUACUCGUGAGGUCAAUCGAGGCGAUGAUUUAUACCCACAUGAGCGGGUCGUGAAAGCGCUAUCACGGGAACGUGGCGUACAAGAGGUCUUCUCCAAGAAAUGGAUAAGCGAAGAAUCUACACAGCUUCCGUCAACGAGUACUCGUGAGGUCAAUCGAGGCGAUGAUUUAUACCCACAUGAGCGGGUCGUGAAAGCGCUAUCACGGGAACGUGGCGUACAAGAGGUAAGAAACUGUGAAAACUAA